CCCAAAAUUUUCCGAGAAAAAAUAAAAAAAUUAAAAAAAAAUCUUAUCAGCUACUGUCUUCACCAACGGAAACAAUUCACAGCUUUCCUUCGCUCUGUCCCUCCCCUAUCCAAUCCACAAAAAUUUUCUCGGCAUCCAAACAAUGAGAAAAGAACUCAAAGCGAAUCAGCAACAACACUAAACCAUUGAUAGCCUGAAAAACUAAAGCUUAAACCACAAAAAUGGUCAUCACAACCGCGAAAUUUUACGAAAUGCCACUCAGGAAUUCACUCCCGCUUGCUUCUCGCUCAUCGCCAUCCAUUAACAUCCUCUUCUCACCUCCAAAACCAUCCUCAUUCCACAUUCUUAGAACCUUCUCGUCUCUCAAAACCACCGAGCACAGCGAUAGAAGGAAUUCCAGAACCAAUCGCUUUCCAAACUCUUUGGAUGACCAAAACCCUAAACCCCUCUCUCACAAAACCCCCAAAUCUACAUCUGCUCCUUGGCUCAACAAAUGGCCCUCUCCGACCCCUCUGACCAAUCACAACUCCGUCGAAUCGAACGGCCGGGAAAAAAACGCCGGUGGGUAUGUCGGUAAGGACAGAGGGAAAAGCUCGAUUGAGAGAAUCGUGCUUCGGUUGAGGAAUUUAGGGUUGGGUUCCGACGAUGAAGAUGAAGAUGAAGAGGUGGAGGAUGGGGAUGAUAUUGGAUUGGACGGUCAGGAUUCAAUGCGGCCGACCGGUGAUGAGAAACUUGGGGACUUGUUGCAGAGGGAGUGGGUUCGGCCUGAUUAUGUAUUGGCAGAGGAGAAGAGUGAUGAUGAGAUGGCAUUGCCAUGGGAGAGAGAUGAUGGAGGUGGGAAUGGAGAAGAGGAGGUGAAGGGGAUGGGGAUGAGGAAGAGGAGGGUAAGGGCACCUACAUUGGCUGAGUUGACUGUUGAGGAUGAGGAGUUGAGGAGGUUGAGGAGGAUGGGAAUGUUUGUGAGAGAGAGGAUUAGUAUUCCGAAAGCCGGGCUCACGCAGGCCGUCCUUGAGAAGAUUCAUGAUAAAUGGAGGAAAGAGGAGUUGGUGAGGCUUAAGUUCCAUGAGGUUCUUGCUCAUGAUAUGAAGACUGCCCAUGAGAUUGUUGAGCGCCGAACAGGAGGGUUAGUUAUAUGGAGGUCAGGAAGUGUUAUGGUGGUUUACCGUGGGAGCAAGUAUGAAGGGCCAUCUAAAACCCAACCUAUUCAUAGGGAAAGAGAUGCUCUUUUUAUACCAGAUGUUUCUGCGGCUGAAGAUCCCUUACUAAGAAGUGGAACUGAUGCAACUUCAAAUCUAGAAAAGAGUGAGCCAGCUGCAAUUAACCCAUACCGAAAUCAGAACAUGACAGCAGAGGAAGCAGAGUUUAACAGCUUAUUGGAUGACUUAGGUCCACGUUUUGUUGAAUGGUGGGGUACAGGAGUACUCCCUGUUGAUGCUGAUUUACUUCCUCAAAAAGUUCCUGAUUAUAAGACACCUUUCAGACUUCUUCCUACUGGAAUGCGAUCACGGCUGACAAAUGGAGAGAUGACUAAUUUACGGAAAGUUGCUAAAUCAAUUCCUUGUCAUUUUGCCCUCGGGAGAAAUAGAAACCAUCAAGGCUUGGCAUGUGCUAUACUCAAGCUUUGGGAGAAAAGCUUAGUGGCGAAGAUUGCAGUAAAACGAGGUAUCCAGAAUACAAACAACAAACUUAUGGCUGAGGAGCUAAAGAUGUUGACAGGUGGUGUUUUAUUGCUUAGAAACAAAUAUUACAUUGUCAUAUACCGUGGAAAGGACUUUCUUCCAACUACGGUAGCGGCUGCUUUGGCUGAAAGACAGCAAUUGGCAAAACAAGUACAAGAUGUUGAAGAGAAAGUGCGGGUUCAAGAUGUUGAAGAAAAACUGCGGAAUGGAGUGGUAGAUGCAGUUCCAUCAAGUGAAGAGGGAGGACAGGCUCUUGCAGGUACAUUGGCUGAGUUUUAUGAGGCUCAAGCCAGAUGGGGAAGAGAAAUAACAGCUGAAGAACGUCAGAAGAUGAUUGAAGAAGAUUCCAUGGCUAAGAAUGUUAGGCGUGUCAAAAGAAUUGAGCAUAAACUAGCCAUUGCCCAAGCCAAAAAGCUUAGAGCAGAGAGACUCUUGGCUAAAAUAGAAGCAUCGAUGAUUCCUGCAGGUCCAGAUUAUGACCAAGAAACAAUCACCGAUGAGGAACGAGUUAUGUUUCGUAGAGUUGGUUUAAGAAUGAAAGCUUACUUGCCUCUUGGAAUCCGUGGUGUUUUUGAUGGUGUAAUUGAGAACAUGCAUUUGCAUUGGAAGCACAGAGAACUUGUCAAACUAAUCUCGAAACAGAAGACCCUUUCAUUUGUGGAAGAUACAGCUAGAUUAUUGGAAUAUGAGAGUGGUGGAAUACUAGUGGCAAUAGAAAGAGUUCCCAAGGGAUUUGCUCUUAUAUACUAUCGUGGAAAGAAUUAUCGGCGGCCCAUUAGCGUGAGGCCACGAAACCUUUUGACAAAGGCAAAAGCAUUAAAGCGUUCAGUGGCCAUGCAACGCCAUGAGGCUCUCAGUCAGCAUAUAUCUGAUCUGGAGAGUACCAUAGAGCAAAUGAGAAAUGAAAUUGGUGUUUCCCAAGAUGUAGAGGAGGAAAAUGUUGCAUGCUUGAAGGACCGCAAACAUAUAGAUGAUGCCUUAGAUUCCAUAACGGACGAGGAUGAAGCUUCCGACUUGGAUUCAGAUUAUAAUGAUAGUGAUGAAGAAAUUGAUUGGGAAGAUGAAGAGUAGAACUUUUCGUGUUUUGAAAAGCAUGAAGGAAGAAUUUUGGAAAAAGGAAGCGUGAGAUAAUUUUUGGAAAUGCCAUAUGAUUUUAGUUUAUAUUGGAUGGUGGCUUCCUUCUGAUUCGUGGUUUGAUGAGAUAGCUAUGACUAACCAUUUUGUGUGGAUUCAAGAAUGCUGUCUAAUUUUUUCGGAGGAUGGAGUCAGCAAGAAAAUAAACACCAAAAGGAAAUGCUGUAGUUGCAACUUAGAGUGCAAUUAUCAAAUUCGUUGGAUGUGUAAUUGUUAAAUUAAGUUGAGUAAAUAUUUGUAUUUUAGGUAGCAUUUUGUUUAUAUAGGAUUUGGCAUAUAGAAAAUUCCAAUUGCAUCAGUUUUUAACAUUAUUUUUCUUUUUACGAUUUUUAAUGUCCUCUUGGAAGCAAUGUAAACGACUGUAGUGAUGAGUCAACAAGGUUUUGUAUAUCCGGAAGUUGCAUUUUUACAUUCA